CGUCCGACUGAUUGGCUGGCGAUCUGGUUGGGUUGAUGCACCAGGUGAAGGAGCGAUAAUUAAUUAAAUUCAGUUCAAUCAAGUGAAUGAUCAUGGAUUGUGGGCCAGAUUUCCUGACAUUCAGAGGAGACAUGUGGAGGGAGCAACCACCGCACGAACCGAGAUAUGAUCACGAUGCGCAACAGUUAAGAGGCCACAAAUCCGAUGCUGUUCUCCCGGGUGAUGAUGAGAAAAGUCGAGGUGUAUAUGAACCUGACCCUAACCUGAAAUUCAACAUGAGAGUGGAGGGUUUGGGCAGUGUUUGGGAUGGCCCUCAUUUUCGCAGAUUCGCGUCCCAGAGGGCCCUCUUCCUCACCUUAUCAAGGAAAAGAAUAAGCCAUGCGAAGCCAGGGCAUUUUGUCAAGCGCAAGAAAUACAGCGGGAGCCUCAAGUGGGAUCAUCAUGCCAUUGGGAGUGUCAGGGGGGAGGAGGGGGUGGUGGUCGAGGAGGAGGAUGUGUAUGCUCUUCAUCCACGACAUGACCCUCAUGCUUCAGAGGUGGGGGCGGAUAUGGCAGGCUAUGCUGGCGGCCGGGAUCGCAGGAAAAUGAUGCCAACGACUGAAGCAACUCAUUGGGCUAUGGACAUUCAUGAAGACAAAGCUCAAGGCAAGGGAGAUGGAGAGGCAGUGGACGUGAAGAGGGAGCACGGGCAGCACGUAGCUGGGGGUGUGACUGAUGAACUGCGGGAGCUGGUGCUGGGGAAGAGAGCAGAUUCAGUGACUUCUCUGAAAGGUGAGAUGAACGUCAAGGUGCCCCUACUUGCCCAAGGAGAGGCGGAGGAUGCAGUGGACAAGGAUUGGAGCAGUGGGAGGGUUAUCGAGAUCUAUUCAGAGGGGGACCCAAGCGCGCAAGUGCGAGCCCUGGGUGGCUUGAGUGUUCGCAGCCUCUCCAAGGGACUAGAAGCUGGAAUGGGAGGCAUAGUAGGAUACAGACAGCGGAUGAGCAGGGUGCGGGCCAUGCUGGCGUCCAGAGAGGCACGGCACAACGACGUGUGGCGAAGGUACAAGGAAACCAAGAAAGAGAUAAAGGCAGAGUGUGAGCAGAUGCUGGAGGCGGCUAUCACUGAGCUGAAGCAGAAGCUGGCCGGCUCAGAGAGUGCAGUUGAGGCAGAACUCCGAUUGCUUGUCUCUGAUGACUUGGGAGCCAUUGAGCUGCAUGAGCUUCAGCACAUCUGGAUUUCUAUCUCAGCUGCAUGUACGAAGCGAGUUACAGCCAUAUCAGAGUUGUCUUCCCAAAUUGAUGACGUGGAAUCCCAUCGUUCGCGACGGAUACAAAGCAAGUUGAUUGAAGUCACGGACAUGCUGGUGGAUAUUGCACAUGCGACGCGUGGGCAGGUGAGCUCAAACUUACAAGUUCAUGCUCUGUGAAUUUUUUAUUCUUCUUCUUCUUUCUCUUCACCUUCACUACCACCUUCCCCUGAACACCAUGUAGAAUGGAAACAA